UCCGACUGUCUCCUCUCCGUUCAUCGUGUUCGAAAAUAGACGAGCUACUGUUUACAUGGCGUCAGUGCGGUCAUCAAGCUGUAAGAAUAGGUUUGAGCCACAUGGCGGCGAUAGAGAGCUGUUUGCUAACUUGCUGGUCUGCAUUCCUGCUGUGGUUUAGCUAGGACGCCCACAGCAUUCAUCUGACAGGUGUGUGUGAUGCUAGCAUGUUAGCUCUCUUACUGCACGAACUCUCUUUAGGGAGCUCCGUUAAAUAUGAAUAUUUUCGUGGAAAAAUAGUGACGCUAAAUCCUUAGUGUGACUUGUAACUCGAGGGGGGUCUUAAAAACAAAAAACCGAGACUCAUCGUCUUAGCAUGCGUACCUGGUUAGUUGUGACAGUUGUUGAGCUUCAUGGAAGGUAACGUGAGUAAUAAAUAAGGCCAAGGCUUUUAAGUUAUUAGAGAGGCGGGUUUUUAGCCAAUAUAAAUGUUGGCUAAAUGGCAAAAAGCGACCAGGACGAUGGAGAGCUUGAAUUUAGAGCGAGCGAGGAGAAGCUGACAGGCGGUGGGAGUACUCGUUCUUUUGGCUCCGAUGCGGUCACUCUGGGCUCAGAUGAUGGCACUGACACGUCCGGGGAGAAAGAAGUGGACAAAUACGGCUUUUCAGGAGGAGCCCAGCAGGAUCCAGGACAUGCUGAAGAAAUCCCGAUGGAGGUACUCAGACAUCGGGAGUCCAAAUGGCUGGAGAUGCUCGACAGCUGGGACAAGUGGAUGGCCAAAAAACACAAGAAGGUAAAAGACCGCUGUCAGAAGGGGAUCCCGCCAUCGUUGCGUGGUCGUGCUUGGCUUUACCUCACUGGAGGCAAAGUGAAGGAAGAGCAAAACCGGGGCAAGUUCAAGGAAUUGGAUAGCCAGCCAGGAGAUCCCAAAUGGGUGGACGUCAUUGAGCGAGACCUCCACCGACAGUUUCCCUUCCAUGAAAUGUUUUCAGCCAAAGGUGGACUUGGGCAACAAGACUUGUUCCGCGUGCUCAAGGCGUACACCGUGCACCACCCCGAGGAGGGCUACUGUCAGGCUCAGGCUCCCAUUGCUGCUGUGCUCCUCAUGCACAUGCCAGCUGAGGAUGCUUUCUGGGUCCUUGUCCAAAUUUGUGAGAAGUAUCUUCCUGGAUACUACAGUUCAGGGCUGGAGGCCAUCCAGCUGGACGGAGAGAUCCUGUACGCUCUGCUGCAGCGGGUCUCCCCCAUCGCACACCGCCACCUUAAGCAGCACAAAGUGGAGCCCAUCUUGUACAUGACCGAGUGGUUCAUGUGCGCCUUCUCCCGGACGUUGCCGUGGGCUUCUGUGCUCCGCGUGUGGGACAUGUUCCUCUGUGAGGGAGUGAAGAUCCUCUUCCGCGUGGGCCUGGUCCUCCUCAAAUGGAUGCUGGGAUCUCAAGAAAAGGUGAAGGCCUGCUCAGGUCUUUAUGAAACCUUGGAGCGUCUCCGGGCCAUACCAACACAAUACAUGCAGGAGAGUUUCCUUGUGCAAGAGACCAUAGACCUGUCCGUAUCGGAAAAAGACAUCGAGAAGGAGCACCUGACCCAGCUGCGGUGCUGGAAGGAGACCCACGGAGACCUCCACCACAAACCCCCACCCAGGAUGCACGGCGCCAAGGCCGUCAUGGCCGCAGAGCCGCCGGGCCGGCAGGAUCUCAGGCAGCGGCCCACCAUAAUCGUGGAACCCCCGGAGGGAGAAGACGCCAGGGACACUCGCAAAGCCAAAAGGGAGAAGCGGAAGAAGAAAAUUCUGCCACCGCAGGAGCCGGAAAACGCUCCGCCGUUUCUCUUGGAGCCCUCGCCGCUCCUGCAGCCAAGGACCAUCCACGCUUCCAAAGAGAGUGUGAGCAGCACCGAGCACGACACCUAUCUGUAGAACGGUGAGCAUGACAAUCAUUCCAUAACGGACUGGGAGGUUCUGUUGAAAUUUAUUAUUUUUUUCUUUUUUUAAACACUCAUGAUUCUUAAAAUAUGUAGAAUUUCAAAACACAUACUAACUACAAAAGUUGGGAACAUCUGUGGAAAGCCAUUUGAGCAUAUAUUCAAUAUCCUUGGUAUCCAUCUCAAGCUCCAUUUACUAGUAUACUGGUUGUCUUAACCAGUAAGUGUAGCAUAGCAUAAAGUAACGGCUGAACUUACUAAGAAUGAUUUUUUUUUUCCACAACGGUAUUACAGUCAAGUGCCAGAUAAUGAGUCAUAUAAUAGAAUGCGAAAGUUAUAUUAGUGAGGACAAACAAUAUACUUUUGCAUGGACUAAUAAGUUGGAUAUGGAGAAUAUUGAAUGGAAGCUCUACGGGGCGGGCUUUUAUUUGUGGUUGUACUAGUUGGCCAAAUGUGGGACUAGCCAUGGAAAAAUUGUUACCAAUACUACAGUCAUUCUACUAGUGUGCCACAGUUGUUCCACCCGUGCAAUGAAUUGUUUUAUCAGCGAGGACGACGAGCAUACCUGUACAUGAACUUUGAGCUGUCUGUGAAUGAUAUUGAACAAACAAAUUUGCUCUUCCAUUCCCAUCAAUGAUUGUAAAGGUGAAAUUCCCCUUAAUGAACUCCAGGUGGCGGUGACAAUUAAUUUGCACCUUUUUUUCCCCCCAGUCAUUGGGAGGACGAGGCUGCAAUGGUGUGCAUGACUUAACAUGCUAACUGACUUUUACAGCUACUACAUUUACUCUAAAGUCUGUGAAGUCCAAGCAGAUAAUGAUAAAGUUUCUCACCGAACACAACAUGUGGUUGAUGAUCUUACAAAAGAUCCACUACAUGAGCAUUUUAAACAAAUCCUGUUUUUACAAAAGGAAUAAUAAUACUCUUGUUUUAAUGGGAAACUUUUCAUCAUAGAUGUUAUGAGCUUUUGUACCCAUGCACUGCACCAGCAAGUCUUCUUAUUACUACUUUGCCAGCCUUGGUGGCAGUGCACAACACCUUCACACUACUUUGACUCCACUUCUUUUAAUGAAGGAAACUUUGCUCUGGGACAUGGUUGUCCCACAAAACCAAAUAUUUUGAACUUGCAUGUGUCGUCAUUUUGGGAAUGAACGGGAAUGCAAACUCAGCCACACUGGCAAAAAGACUUUGAAGGACUAUCACUGGAAAAGGAAUAAUACACCAGCAUUGGGAGAUUUUUGUUGGUGUGAUGUAACCAUAACCGGUUUACAACUCCCUUUUUUCUGAGCCAGAUAUGUAAAAGGUUCUGUAUUUUUUUUUUUUUUUUUUUUGUGGAAUUCUAACACAAAUGCCGCCCAUUGAAUGUAUAAAUAUUUUUGUACAAUGAUGUGGAAAGUCAAGCUCCAUUUAAACCUUUCAUUUGCACUACGUAUUAAAGGGAAGAACAGUAAAACAAAAAAAACAGGUGAAAUAUUAACAAGGAUUGAUCAUGCUUUGGGAUAAGCUUGUUUGGAAAGUGUAAUCCAUUUUUGCUUGGAAAUAACUUUAUAAAGAGAUACCAUGUUGGGUUAUGAGAACAUUUUCAA